UUACUCUUCCUUUAGCAGACAUCGGUUUGGGGAGAGAACCAAGUUUUCUUGCAAAAGAUUGAAUUUUUGUGUUAAGGCUGAGAAUUCAAAUGAGCCCUCUUCCUCUUCUUUGGCCGUUGAGGAGCGGAAAACUGAUGUGAAUGAGAAGAAAGAUUUGCAUAUAGGAGAUGGGUUGAGUAGUUCUAAGAGCGAGGGUGAUGAGUCUGAGGAGAAGGAGAAAGAAAAGCUGCAAGAAAUGGAUUGGAAGAGUGAUGAUGAGUUCAAGAACUUCAUGGGGAAUCCUUCUAUUGAGGCUGCUAUAAAACUUGAGAAGAAAAGGGCUGAUAGGAAGCUCAAGCAGCUUGAUCGGGAGAGAAGUGACAAUCCAAUUAUUGGUUUCUUUAACAAUUUGGUUCGUGACAAUUUGUCCAGAGAGAAAGAGAGGUUGGAGAAAGCAGAGGAGACUUUCAAGGCUCUUGAUCUUAACAAGUUGAAGAGCUGUUUCGGGUUUGAUUCAUUCUUCGCGACGGACGUCAGGAGAUUUGGAGAUGGUGGAAUCUUUAUUGGAAAUUUGAGGAAACCAAUAGAAGAAGUGAUACCUAAAUUGGAGAAGAAGUUAUCAGAAGCUGCAGGAAGAGAGGUGGUGGUAUGGUUUAUGGAAGAGAAAACUGAUGAGAUCACAAAGCAGGCAUGCGUGGUGCAACCAAAGACUGAGAUGGAUCUUCAGUUCGAGUCUAUGAAACUAAGUACUCCUUGGGGUUAUGUUAGUGCAGUAGCGUUGUGCAUUACGACUUUUGGGACAAUUGCUUUGACGAGUGGCUUCUUCCUCAAGCCUAAUGCAACCAUUGAUGACUACCUGGCUGAUGUCGCACCUCUGUUUGGUGGAUUCUUGACCAUUUUGGCAGUCUCUGAGAUAGCAACAAGAGUAACUGCAGCACGUUAUGGUGUCAAACUCAGUCCUUCCUUCCUAGUUCCAUCAAACUGGACUGGAUGCCUUGGUGUUAUGAAUAACUACGAGUCUUUGCUGCCAAACAAGAAGGCUCUGUUUGAUAUUCCUGUGGCACGAACAGCCAGUGCAUAUCUGACAUCAUUGGUCCUUGCUGUUGCUGCUUUUAUAGCUGAUGGCAGUUUUAAUGGGGGCGACAAUGCACUGUACAUAAGGCCUCAGUUCUUUUACAAUAAUCCCCUUCUUUCCUUUAUCCAAUAUGUGAUUGGACCAUACACAGACGAUCUUGGCAAUGUGCUGCCGUAUGCAGUUGAAGGUGUUGGCGUCCCUGUUGAUCCCCUUGCUUUUGCUGGACUGCUAGGCAUGGUUGUGACUUCUUUGAACUUGCUCCCAUGUGGAAGACUCGAAGGAGGCCGCAUCGCCCAAGCUAUGUUCGGAAGAAGCACCGCCACUUUAUUAUCUUUCGCUACUUCACUGCUGCUAGGCAUCGGUGGCCUAAGUGGAAGCGUACUCUGCUUGGCAUGGGGACUCUUUGCAACAUUCUUCCGAGGGGGAGAGGAGAUCCCUGCAAAGAACGAGAUCACCCCAUUGGGAGACGACCGGUUUGCUUGGGGGUGUGUGCUCUUCUUGAUAUGCUUCCUCACUCUUUUCCCCAAUGGAGGAGGAACCUUCUCCAGUUCAUUUUUUGGCGCCCCAUUUUUCAGGGGCGAUCUGUAAGUGUAGUGGAAAUAUGUAUAUAUAUGUAUGUAGAUGCUUGAAUUUCACUCUAUUAUUACAACGUCAAGAUUGUUAUAAAUUGUAAGCCUUUCUCUGAAGGUUUUCCUACAAUGACAAAGACCAGAAACCAUGGAAGUCAUCA